AUGGCUAGAGCAAGGAAGGGUGCACUGAUUCAAUGUGAUCCGUCUAUCAAGGCACUCAUACUACAAAUCGACGCGAAAAUGAGCGAUAUAGUAUUGGAGGAGUUAGACGAUACGCAUCUUCUAGUAGAUCCUUCGAAAGUAGAAUUUGUGAAGCAUGAGCUAAAUAGGCUAUUAUCGAAGAAUAUAUACAAUCCCAUGGAUGAGGAAGAAAACCAAUGA